AACAAAUUGAGUAUUUAUAGAGCUUUUGGUAUUUAUCUUGUAUGAGAAAAUGUAAUUAUAAAUACUCCCAUAAAUGAGAAAUAAAUGUGUGGUAAAAAGGACCAAUCCCGAAUGGACACCCUGUACGUGCAGGAGGAAGACGAGUGUGUAGGGAGGUGGAAAGAGGGAGGAGAUAGAUAGAAAUAGAGGGAUGGACAUCAUUUUCCUGUGAGCAGACUUUUAGAGCUCAGUGAAAAAACAUUCAGUGCAUCUCAGCGAGGAGGGCUGAUGCUCGGAAACUCUCCCUUUCCUCUGGUCACUUUGUCUCCCCUCGAUUGUCCUCCCUGUCUCCUGCGCUGUGUUGGCCUGUUCAGAGGAGAAACCAAGGAUAACACUUCCUGCCUCCGAGGAGAAGAUGACGUCCCGUUUGCUUUUUCUCGUCACCUGCGUGACCCUUCUCCCGCUGUGCCACGCCACUCCUCUCUUCUCCAACACCUCCAUGGACGGCAGCGGAGAUGAAGCAGAGCCGGAACUCAUUUUCCCAACCUCCUUUUCCACACGAGCCCCUGCUCAGGUCUCUGCUGCCACCGAAGCCCCCAGCCUCGUCAGGACCAUCACGUCCACCAUCACCAUCACCAUGAUUCGCCUGAAGGACUUUGUCCUCACUCGAGUCGUGGACUUCCUGCAGGAGAAUCUGCUCAUCCUCAUCGUUGUGACCUCCCUUCUCGUCGUCAUGGUCUUCAUCAUCUGCUGCGCCUGCGCCAUGAGUCACAAGCGUAAGCUGGAGGCCUAUAAGCCCCUCCCUCCUCCAAGCAAGAAGCACGCGGCUGAAAAGACAGGAGCAGGGAAAAAGUCAAGCGAGCCCCAGGAGAGGCCGUACGCCGUGGACCACGUCAAGAGGGUCCAGACUCAGAGCGUGGCCUCCCCCAAGCACCUGCGCGUGCCCUCCAAGGCUCUGGUGGGCGAGAGGGGCAGAGAUGUCCGGUCGUCGCCGCGCCCGGAGGUCAGGAAGGUCAGGGAGGCCGAGGAGGUGGAAAAGCGGAGGGACGUGCCCAAGCACAAGGAGCAGCCAAAGCACCGGGAGGAGGUGCAGCAGAGCUCCAACCCCGGCACCAGCUCCGGCCAUUCGGUCUGCACCUGCCACCUGAAGAAAGCCCACCAUUAGAGCACGGGCAGGGCUGAUGUUGGCCCGAGAGGUGAAAUGUCGCAACCACAACAUUAAAAAAAACCAAGAUCAGACAGGUUGGUUGCGGUUAAACGUAUAGAAAGAUAUUUAGAAAUGGAUUUGUGAUUGAAAUCUGGUGUGCCCCUUAAAAUGAUUAAAGAGUUAAAUUUAAAAGUUCGUGAAUAUAUGAACUAUGGCUUAAAUCAAAAAUGCUAAAUACUAGCUGUGUUGCUGCAUAAAUCCUGUCUAUAAAUCUUGCAUGUCACAGUUGCAACAUAAGUUUAAAAAGCUAAAUGCCAACGACCAUUAAACCCUCACAGUGGCUCAGUAGUCCUUCAUUUAGCUGUGAUGUUGAAUGGAAUGGAAUGGAAAUCCUGCAUUUUGCCAUGUUCUCCAGAUUGAAAUGAUAGAAAGUGUUUGUGUGCUUUGAUACCGAGUUGUAUUACUCCAUGUGCCUGCCUAUAGACAGAGGAAUCUCCUCAGCAUGUCCUGCUGUACGCUGUGGCUUCUUUUCACCAGCUAGAAGCCGUCAUUUGGAGCAAAACCUUUGCUGCUGUAAAUGCAGCAAAGUGAGACUCCAGUAAACUUGAGUUGUUGGAUAAGCGACACAAGCAUAUCUUUAUAUUUACAUUCAUAUUUAGUUGGUUUUGUUUCAUGUUAUUUUAUGUCAUAUAGUGUAUAUUACUCUACAAACCUAAUUCACAAAGCUUUACACCAAAAGAACAAUGUUCAACAGUGUUACUGGGAAGUUUAAGUAGAAACAUACAUAUAUAUAAAUCUAUUGUUUAUCUGUCUAUAUAUUUAUUUGGUUGAUAGUUCUGACCUGCAUUCAACAUAAGUAAGGUUCUGGGGUACUAAAACUUUGUGAAUCAGGUUUGUAUUUGUAUAAGUAAUACUUAUUAAGAUAAAUAGUGUUUUGUUUUCAGUGUAAUAAUGUGUAACGAGUCAAAACUUGAGUACGAAGGUAGGUAGUAGUUUGUUCAUCUUCUGCUGGUGUAAUAGAAUUAACUAACUUAUGUUGGCUAAAACAGUGUCUAAAAUUCAAACACUUUGAUAUGUUUGUCUGACAUCAUUUAGAUAUAAAUUCCGAUUACACUGGAGAAGAUAAUUUGUAUAAACUCUCAAACUCCCCGGCCUAUGAAGGUAAUGACUGAGGGCCACACAGCCUCAAACUGAUGUCCUCACAUCACGUGUUUCCACACAGAUGAGUUGUUUACAAAAUGACAGUUUUCUCUGUUUAUGUCAAAUAAAAUAGUUGACGAUAA